AAUCAUUUUAGUGUUAAGAAAAUACGCGGCAAGUGUGUGCGCGUCUUGUGAGUUACCGCGUGUGGAUUUUUGAAUUUGGAAUUUUAUUGACUUAACUUUGGAAUUUUUAGUAGGAGGUUUCAAAGGAUUUAUUUUUAUUAAAAAAAAUGGCCUGCCCUAUGCGGUCGGUGACAGAUGACCCAGCUCAGGAUGGCGAUCACCUGGGCAACGAGGCGGGAAUGCUCUACGGAGAAUACCUGAUGCUGGACAAAUUGCUCAGCGCUCAGAGGAUGCUCAGCGCUGAGUCUUCCAAGCCAGUCCACGAUGAGCAUCUGUUCAUAGUGACACAUCAAGCAUACGAGCUCUGGUUCAAACAGAUAAUCUUCGAGGUGGACUCCGUGCGGUGUUUGCUGGACGUGGAAGGACUGGACGAGAGCCACACCAUGGAGAUUCUGAAGAGGCUCAACAGAAUCGUGCUUAUUCUUAAGCUUCUAGUAGACCAAGUGAUGAUCCUUGAAACCAUGACACCACUGGACUUCAUGGACUUCAGGCACUACCUCCGCCCCGCUUCCGGAUUCCAGAGCUUACAGUUCCGGCUUUUGGAAAACAAGUUGGGCCUGAAGCAAGCGUUACGGGUAAAAUACAACCAGAACUACCAAACUGUAUUUGGAGACGAUCCAGAAGCUAUGGACUCUCUACAUAAAUCCGAAGAGGAGCCUGCCCUCUUAGCCUUGAUAGAGCGGUGGUUGGAGCGCACGCCGGGACUAAUAACCCACGGGUUUGACUUCUGGGGCAAAUUCCAGGCAGCGGUUGACAAAAUGAUCACAGAAGCCAUUGAUGAAGCUAUGCUGGAACCAAACGAGACGGUGCGUCGUCAUCGCUUGCAGGACGCAGAGAAUCGUCGGGAGACGUACCGCUCCAUCUUCGACCCCGCUGUGCACGACGCCCUACGCUCCCGGGGAGAGAGACGAUUGUCGCACCGAGCGCUGCAAGGUGCGAUCAUGAUCACGUUCUACCGCGACGAGCCGCGCUUCUCCCAGCCGCAUCAGCUGCUCACGCUGCUCAUGGACAUGGACAGUCUCAUCACCAAGUGGCGCUAUAAUCACGUGAUAAUGGUUCAACGUAUGAUUGGCUCACAGCAACUCGGUACAGGCGGUUCUUCCGGGUAUCAGUAUCUUCGUUCGACUCUUAGUGAUCGCUACAAAGUCUUCCUAGACCUGUUCAACUUGUCGACAUUCCUUCUGCCGCGAUCCCUCAUCCCGCCCCUCGACGACGGGAUAAAGAAGGACCUGAACCUCACAUGGGGAGAUCACAUCAGGGAGAACGGUCACGGCGCGGACGGAAAUAGGGAAAAACAGCAAAAUGGGGAAAACCAUCAGAAUGGAUUGGAAGCGUUUUCCGAGCUGUCUUUGAAUGAUGAAACUUUAUAACAAUAGUUACCUACCCACUAGUUAGGUACCUACUGUAUACAGGAUGUUAUACAAUAUAUUAUAUUGCACUACACGCUGUAUACAGUAAUAUACUACAUAUACUGGAACAAUAGAUUAUUUGACGUGAUAAUUUCAUAAAACAAUAAACUGAUUGGUCUAGUAAAGUGGAGACGUCUUCAAAGACGUCUCCACUUUACUCAUCAUCAAUGGAAACGAAUUCUUAGGCCGCCCGACCUAUACAUAAUAUACAUACUUGCUCAGUUCGGCUUUUCCUAGGAAGGAAGGUCACACACUGAAUCAAUUGAACUCGGCGAAAAGGCGAACGCUAAGACCCAAAUAACACUCGAUUUUAGCCUCGAGGCUUUGUCGGUCGGGUGAGCCGAAUGAGAGUUCAACAUUGUAUAUCAGGUGGAUUUCGUUGUUCAAUAAAAGUUGUGGAAUCGAAUGAGUAUAAUAGCAACCCGUCAUUUGUAGAUAUUUCAUUUCUCCUUUCUGCAAGUAUUUCCGCAAAUAUUAUUUUAAUAAACACGAUUUUUUAUUCGAGUUCAAUUUAAAUGUAACAAUUAGGUUAAAAAAACGAAAUUGUAACUGACAAUAAAUAAAACUGCCUUAAAACAUGA